UCGAUGUGAGCUAUUUCAAACUUCUGAAGGUCACCGCUUGGGAUGCGUUACACUUGUCUUCCUCCUUCGGAUAAUAAAAAUAAAAGUCCAUCACUUCUGGAACUUUUAGAUGUUUUGUGUAGCCGUGGGAGUGCGGAUUGCUUUGAACCUUCCUUUGUUUCAGAUCACAUAGUCAGAGUAGUCAAUUCAGCAAGCAGAAGACGCCUGGGCAAGUUGGACACAUAUACGGUAUUAGAAUACCUAUGUUCAAAGAAUGUACCUCCAGUUUCCGUUCUAACAGCUUUGAUAUUUAUCGAAAAACUUGUGGUAUCAAAUCCAGAUUCACCUUUGUUAACUGAAGUAACGGCGUUUGAUCUUUUUGCAGUAUCAGUGGUGGUUGCCUCCAAAUAUUUACAUGAUGAUGAUACAGACUAUGGAAUGUACAACGCAGAUUGGGCAAGUGAAUUUGAUAUGGAUCUUAAAGAGCUGAAUGAACUUGAAGUUAAAUUCAUUUUAGCUCUUAAUUGGGAGUUUUUUGUAACGAAAGCACAAAUACUCAGAUUUGGUUUUGAGAUUGGUGUGUUCAAUCGGCCUGCAAAGUCCACUUCAGCUGGCGACAAAUUAGAAUUUAGAUUUCCUGCGUUAUCUUGUUUAGUUCGUAAUUUGUCUUCUCACAAGAUUCGUGCAGUUAGUAAAAUUGUGUUUGUCUUGGCUGUGGCAUAUAUGAGUAUGAACAACUACUCUGACUGUUCUUUAAGCAUAAACUGUCGAAUUCAAAUCAAACAAGGCUUUCAUCAGAAAUUGCAAAUCAUUACCUAAACAACAUAUCAUCAAAAGCAAUGCAACCCUGUAAACCAAAGGAAGUUGACCAAAAGCUUUGCUCUGUAAACUUGAUUGAAAGAUGUGGUCAAUGUCAAUAUACAUCCUGUGUAUAUGAGAAAGGCAACAGCCUAAACGAACCAACAGUAGUCUGUCCUACUGUAUGAUAACCGCUAAAAUUUAUCAUUUAUUAUUUUUCAAAUAUUCCAAGAUUAUUUGUGUUCAAGUUAUUUUAGUAUUUAUCUAUCACUAUAUACAGAAAUAAAAGUCCA